CUGACAUCUGACAGUGACAUUUGCGACAACGCAUGUGGUGGAGGGAAUUCGCGUCGCGUCUGUGUAAAAAUUCGUUCUCCAGGCUUUCGUAAACUUUCGUUUAGUAAACUGUUUACAUCAGUUUCCUCCACAGAUCCAUCUGUGGUGUGGUUUCCUCAGUGAAGCGAGUUUUCGCCGAGAGGUUGAAUUUGUAUCAACACUCGGAAUACUAAAAAGUAAACAUGGCCGAAACCGAAGCAGCAGUCAACCCUAAAGCGUACCCGCUGGCGGAUGCGGCUCUCACCGCCAAAAUUCUGAACCUGGUGCAGCAGGCCGCUAACUAUAAGCAGCUCCGCAAGGGCGCCAACGAAGCCACGAAGACCUUGAACAGAGGUCUCUCCGAGUUCAUUAUAAUGGCGGCUGACACGGAGCCGCUAGAAAUCGUGCUUCACAUCCCUAUUCUGUGCGAGGACAAAAAUGUGCCGUAUGUGUUUGUGAGGUCGAAACAGGCGCUCGGGCGCGCGUGCGGCGUGUCACGGCCCAUCAUUUCGUGCUCCAUCACCAUCAACGAAGGUUCGCAACUCAAACCUCAAAUUCAGAGCAUUCAACAAGAAAUUGAAAGACUAUUAGUGUAAGGAAAUG